ACGAGUAUCGUGCAUUGCAGAGUUAUUCUACGCUUCAAAGCACCGAUUUUCUACAUCAAAAUGUCUGCCAACGUUCCAGAUCAAUUAUUUGACGUAGUCUGCUUGUUACAAAAAGCAGCUCGACAAAAUGUCCAAAAGCCAAAAUUUGAACAUCUGCAAGAACCGGAACCAGUCAAAGCACCACUAACCGGUCCAGUUAAAUUGGCAAGAAAACGUUUAGAAAUAUCAUGCGCAAGUUCCCACCCAUUUGCACCAAAAAAAGAACCGGAAAACCCGCUCAGAGACCAGUACUUUGAGGCGGUGAAGUUUGCAUCGAAGUUACGGAAAAGGGCACGUCUGGAAACAUUCAACCCUCUUCAUCAGAAAUGCGCCUCAUAUUUGAUCAACGUCUUCUACCGAAUUCCGUUGCACAAAUUAAAAGAAGCUGUCGAAUACGCUCAAACGCAGGUGAAUAUUUCAUUGUUGAAUUAUGCUCUUUCGGUAGCACUUCUCCAUCGUGAUGAUGCCGUCAAAGCCAAUAUCCAACUGCCGUCUCAUCUAACUACAGAGCCUGGAAUGUACUUCGAUAUGCGAAGAGUUAAACAUAAUAUGCCCAAUCCAAAAGCAAACGGAAUUAUGUCUAGCGAAGUUCCGAAGACGUUUGUAGACAUGACUGACGAUUUCACCGCCACCAAUCUUGAUCCCGAAAACAAAGUAGCCUACUUCAGAGAAGACGUGGGAUUAAAUUUGCAUCAUCGUCACUGGCAUGAAGUUUAUCCUUAUGAAGGAGAAGAAUUCAUUGUGAAAAAAGAUCGCCGAGGGGAAUUGUUCUAUUACAUGCACCAACAGAUUCUAGCCAGAUAUAACUUUGAAAGAUUCAGCAACGGUUUACCUCGAGUCAAACCGUUUGAAAACUUCAGGGAUCUCAUAAAAGAAGGUUAUUUCCCCAAAUCCAGCGAAUUCAGUUCCAGACCAGCAAAUUCUAAGUGGGAUGAUCUUCAUAGAGAAUUCUUCUACACCAAGGUUUCUAGCAUGGAGCGUUGGAGGGACAGACUAUUCGAUGCCAUUGACAGAGGAUACGCAUACACCAUAGAUCCACAUACCAAAAAGGAGAUUCUAAAGAAAAUAGACGAAGAAACUGGAAUCGAUGAAUUAGCAAACACUAUUGAAGCUGUAGAAAUUUCAAGUUGGAAUCCUCGAUACUAUGGUAAUUUGCACAACAGAGGGCAUUUAUUCUUUUCAUAUGUGCACGAUCCGGAUCACAGAUUCCAGGAAGCGAGCGGUGUUAUGUCUACUUCUGAGACUGCUAUGAGGGAUCCUAUAUUUUAUCGUUGGCACGCAUACAUGGAUGACAUUUUUCAACAUUAUAAAAGAACACUUCCACCUUACACUAUUGAACAGAGACAAUUUAAAGGAAUCGAAAUCAAAGACGUAAAAAUUCAAUCUCAAGAUCCCAAGCCAGACCAUAAUGAUGAAGGCAAUGUCCUCAGAACAUACUGGGAAAAAGAUGCAGUUGAUAUUACUCAUGGUUUGCUCAACCAAGAUGCGAAUAAAACAAACGAACAUGUUUACGCAGGUUUCACCCAUUUACAACAUAGAGAAUUCGAAUACAAAAUCGAAGUUGAAAACACCCUCCACCAUGAUGUAAUUGGAACUGUGAGAAUUUUCUUGGCUCCGCAUGUAGAUGAAACUGGAUCUCCAAAUACUUUCAAUGGUCAACGAAGAAUGUUCAUUGAAAUGGACAAGUUUACAGCCAAACUGCCUGCCAAAGAAAUUACCAAUGUGAAGCGUAAAUCCGUCGAAUCGUCGGUGACAAUUCCAUUUGAAAAGACUUUUAUGACUUUAUCUGAUGUCCAACAACUGGUGAAAAAUAAUGAUAAGCUUAACCAAGAAUGGAGUACAGCACAGAACGGGUACUGUGGCUGUGGUUGGCCGCAUUAUUUGUUGAUUGGAAAGGGAGUUCCUGGAAAAGGACUGGAGUGUGAUUUGUUCGUAAUGAUAACGAAUUACGAAGACGAUCGAGUUGAUGAAAGCCCACUACAUCAGAAAUGUUGCGACAAGUCAUCCCUCAGCUAUUGUGGAGUACGUAACAAGAAGUACCCAGACAAGAAACCCAUGGGAUUCCCAUUCGAUCGUGCUAUCCCCAAUUUACACGCCACCAUAAACGAUUUCAUGACUGAAAAACAAGAAGAUUUUGAAAGACAGAAAACUGAAGAUCCUGAAAUGGAAAUGCCUCGUCGAUUAUCUAACAUGAUAGUUGUUCCAGUUCGAGUUAAACAUGAAGAGGGCAAACCUAAAUGUGGCAAGACCUUGAGGAAUGCCGGAUUUAACGAAGAAACUUACGUGUAAACUGUUUUUUAAAACUGCUGUAGGAAUGAGGAUUCCUUAGCUGCGAUCAUUGUAUAUGUACCUACCUAUUAAUCUGUUACUUAAUUUAUUAGUUUGAAUUACCUAUACCUACCUACUGUAAAAAAUUCGUUUCAAUUUAUGUACUUUAAUUAAAUAUUUGCAACCAUC